UCUCUCGCUCUCUCCGUCUGUUUCUCUCUCGCUCUCUCUCCCUUUGAAUAAGGGUAGACGUUGCAUGUGUCGUGACUUGAUGCUGGUGCGCACAGACAUGAGUCAUCGUUCGUAGGCCACGAGAAGCUUCUGUUCUGUUUGACCGUGCUGCAUCAUAGCAUUUAACACUGAGAGCAUGUCCUCUACGAGAGGAUUCAUUCAGGUGGCAGAGCAAAAUAUUUCCAAGUAUGUUAUCUUAGGAACCCGCUUACGAAAACCAGUCUUCUGUUAUCAGAAUCUAGCAGCAUAGCUUUAGCUCUGAUAAGCUCUCGUUCUAAAGUGUGAUCUGUAAAUGAGCAAUGAGCAUAGUGCAAUGUGCAGUGUACAUUUCCCAACCUGUUGAAUUUGCAAGAAUUUUACUUUUUAUUACUUAUUACUUUACUUUUUACGUCUUUUUAUUUUGGCAGUUCUGCAAAACUGUCCAUUUUCUAUUUUGGCACUGGUCCAUCUUCACAGAAUACUGUACUGGUCAUCUUGUCGUGGAAAAGUAAAUGUGAGAAAUGACGCUUGUGAAACCACAACUAGGAGGUGUUGCUGCAUGCUUACAGUGAAAGACAUUGCUUAACUCCAGGGAGGCACACACACGCACAUACCCUACACACAACGGUUGCUAUGUGACAUUGCAGAAAUCAGUUAGCUUUUGGCGUGUCACCAAUGGGUAUUAAUUCAUGUGAAAGGCUACCAGUUUCAAAUUAUGAGAGAAAUUCACAGUGUCCCAUCAUCUGUAAGUUAUUUUUAGAGCAGGUUCAUGGGCUGCUCGGGUGGUCCUUAAGGGCUACCUGGUGCUCACGGGGAGCACGUUGGUGUCCCUUUAGUUCACACUGUGUUAAUGUUCCCCUGAUGGUGCCAAAUGCACCAUUGUGUGUGCGUCAGAGUGUUGUGAUAGAGGAGCACUCUGCUCACACACUGCCUCAGGGCACAUGACCUCACAUAGUUCUUAAUGGGCGGGAUGCCGUCAGAUUCUCCUUCUGCCAUAAAGUGGCUUUAUAAGCUGCGGGAAGCACAGCUCAACGUGAGAUAUUUGCUUACACUCACGGAAAUCACAUCGGUCGCUUUCAUCUUCAUCGAGCACGCAGCGGACAUAGUGAUGCAGACAUUGAGAUACCCAAUGGGUGGCAGAGCCACCAGGUUGUACAGCGCUUUGGCCCACACCAUAAGCAGCAGCGAUGCCAGCAGCCAUCGUGUUCCCCUCCCUCUGACCCACUUGGACCCUUACCAGCCAGCGGACGCAACCCUGGAUCCUGAUUUCUGCCAGGAGCAAAAUGGGUCCCCAUUGAGUCCCCUCAAUGCAGCCGAGGUUAUGAGGCAGUGCGAGGUGGCACUCGGUGAUGGAGCGCCACGCUUCCACAGGAAUUUCAUUCGACAUUCGAAUGGCAACGGCCACAGCAUCCGGGUGAUGCAGUGGAACAUUCUGGCCCAAGCUCUCGGCGAAGGACUUGACAGUUUUGUGCUGUGUCCUCCGGAGGCACUCAGCUGGUCCCGAAGGAAGUACCUCAUCUUAGACGAGAUCCUGACCUACCGACCUCACAUCCUGUGUCUGCAGGAGGUGGACCACUACUUCGACACCCUGCAGCCAGUUCUAGGCCGUCUGGGUUACAGCAGCAGGUUCUGCCCGAAGCCCUGGUCGCCGUGUCUGGAUGUAGAGGGCAACAACGGCCCUGAUGGCUGUGCGCUCUUCUUUGAUGAGUCACGCUUCGAGUUUUUGGAUUGCGUCAGUUUACGGCUUUCUGCCAUGAUGAUUCCAACCAAUCAGGUUGCUUUGGUGAUGAUACUGCGUUGCCGAAGCUCAAGGAAGUGCGUGUGCGUAGCCGUGACCCACCUGAAGGCCCGCUCCGGCUGGGAGUGGCUCCGCAGUUCCCAGGGGUCGGACCUCCUGCGUCAAGUCCAAAAUGUGGUCCAAAAACAUGCGGCAAAAACAUCGGAAGACUCAGAUUUUCACAUCCCAUUGCUCAUAUGCGGGGAUUUCAACGCAGUCCCAACUGAGGAGGUGUACUGUCGCUUUAUGUCUUCUCCUCUUGGCUUGGACUCGGCUUACAAGAAACUCAGCCACGAUUGUUUGACUGAGCCCCAGUACACAACGUGGAAAAUUCGCCCGACGGGUGAAUGCUGCACCACUCUGGAUUAUAUUUGGUAUAGUCAGGACAUGCUGAGAGUGGAUGCCCUCUUGGACAUGCCAUCAGAGGAAGAGAUUGGCCCUAACAGGCUUCCGUCCUUCAGCUAUCCUUCAGACCACCUCUCUCUGGUUUGUGACUUCAGCUUUAAGGAGGACGAGUGACUGUGGACAUAUAACGUCAUCGUUGGCUUGUGAACCUGUGCAACAACAAUGAGGAAGGAAAGAAAA